CAGGUGCGCGCGGGGCGGGCCGGGGAUGCGGCGGCCGUAGGGAGCGCGCGGGGGGCGGCGGGGCCUCGCCAUGCGCUACAGCGAGCGGGAGCUGCUGUCCCUGUCCCGGCAGCCGGCCGAGAAGGCGGCGGAGAUCCUGAUGCGGGUGCCCAAGAAGGGGAGCGUGCUGAAGAAACGCCUCGUGAAGCUUGUUGUCAACUUUCUCUUCUACUUCCGAACAGAUGAAGCGGAGCCAAUUGGAGCUUUGCUGUUGGAGCAUUGUAAAAUCACCAAAGAAGAGGAGAAUGUCUUUUCAAUCAGUUUCAUUGAGGAACCGGACAGGAAAUAUUUCUUUGAAUGUGACACCGAGGAGCAAUGCCAGGAGUGGAUUGAGGCGCUCCGAAGAGCCAGCUACGAGUUCAUGAGAAGAAGUUUGAUUUUCUAUCGGAAUGAGAUUCAGAAGAUGACAGGGAAGGACCCCCUGGAGCAGUACGGAAUCUCCGAGGAAGCCCGAUUCCAGUUGGGAACACGCAAGCUCUAACCUGGCAGCCUCCGCCCCCACCCACCCACCCACCCCCAGUGGGGCUUAACUGGCAUUCAGCCACCUCUUUGUGGGGUGAAAACACCAACCCCCUGCUGGGGGGAGCGCCUGGGACCAAGUGACUUAUUUAUGGGCCAGAUCAUUUGUAUGUUUUUUUUGUUUUUUUAAUGGAUUUAUUGCACACUCCCCUUCCUGUUUGUCUUCAGCCCCUCGGAGCUCCCAUCUCCCUGCUGGGUUGUAGAAGCAGCAAGUCUUAACUGGCCACUGCUGUGUCAGCUUUAACUUGAUCGACCAUAAAACUGCUAGGCUGAGGGACAUAGGGGCUGCCCCGUCCUUAGAUGCUUGCUGCGAGGGCUGCUGAAAGCCCCCAUCAGGAGUUCCAGGGGUCCGGGGAUUUCAGCUAUGAUGCCGAUGUGGAAACAAGGCUGGUCUCCCUGCCCCCAUGGGAGCAGCCCAGGGGUCUUCCAGCAUGUGGUGCCAUUAUAAGGCAGGGAUAAUCCGGUGUAGAGGGCCAGUGCCUGUUUUAUGCCAAAAACAUGCCCCUAGUGGCAGCAUUUCUGCUGGGAAUGGCCUCAGGGCUUUGGCCAGCCAGCUCUGCAGAGAGCCUGCCGUACCCCCUGGUGGCUGGAGUUUGUCACCUGGGUGCUCUGAGCCAAGGGGCGGCUCAUGCCCUGUUGGCUUUUGGAAAACUGGCUAAUCUCAAAGGGAGGACGAGGCUCUUGCUUUAAGGGGGUGUUUUUUGGCUGAGCGCCUGAUUCCUUUGCUCACAGUGGUGGGGUCCUGGGCCUUGAAAUGCCAGACGCGCCCUCACUUUAACUCUGUCGGGCCCACUCCAGCCGCUAGAUCUGCACAGAGCAGCUGGUUCAGGUAGGGGAAGCCCUCCUCUGUUCUGGAUGGCAACCCCCAGCUGGAGGGGGGAGGAACUGGCCCUUACUCUAAACAGGGUUAACUUCUGUCACGUUACUGCAGGG